AUGGACGAAGAUCUCCAGUUCCUAGAAGAAUCUUACCUCUUCAACGUAUGCUCCAUUCGCCCUCAUGUAGCCGUGGCUACAGAAACCCCAGAACAAGAAGCCCUUGAUCUAGUAUGGUACUCCAAUGUUCUAGUACUGCCAUCGAUAGCACUAGUAGGAAUACUGUGUAAUCUUCUGAAUCUACACAUAUUAACAUCGAAUAAAGCUGCUAGGAGGAUGCCAUCGUGGCAUUUGUUGGUAUCUCUGGCACUGUUCGAUAGCUUAUUCUUGGUGUUUGCGACAUUAGAUGUGACACCUUCUAGUUUACAUUUGUUCAUCAGAAACUCUACUUUGAAUGCGAUGUAUACCAAGAUGGUGUUGUACAUACGAACUAUCGCUUCUACUUUCUUCAGGGCUUCUAUAUUGUAAGUUGUUGAUAAGGGUAGGGUAGGGUAGAAUAAGAUAAUGUGGGUAGACAUAAAGUAAGAUGUGUUUACUAAGUAAUAUAUAGUGUUAUAUAUUCAUAUGUCCAUUUCCAACCACAACCUCAUCACUUACAGAGUAGUAGUAGCCUUCAACAUAGAGAGAUACGUUUGUGUAUGCAAACCUUUGUGGGCACAUCGAGUAUGCACAUCACGGACGUCUCUACUGGCUGUUAUGUUAUCAUUGACAAUAGCAUUUGGAUGCAGUUUACAGUGGCCAUUAGUGUAUCAAGUAACAGAGUGUUUUGACUAUGAAAGCGAUCAUUACUACUACAUUAUUACCAUGAAAACCGACGCUACUCUACAGGUAAGCUUUUUUACAUUUUGUCAUCUUAUGUUUAAACAUACAGUAUAUUUUACUGUACUUUAUUCUAGUAAUUUUGUUUUUAAUUACACCUUAACAUGUUUAAUAUACAUACCAUAAGGUUAUUAAUACAUUAUUAGUUAACAUUAAUGCAAUAUUUCUUCAGAUGUACUACCGCCUGACCAAUAUGGUAUCCCUGGUCAUGUUCAACAUAUUCCCGAUCCUAUUAAUUCUCGUACUCAACUCUCUAUUGGUUCGAACACUAAAACAAGUAGUAGAAUCAGAUAAACGCCGAUCGAGCGGUGCAGAUACAACGACAAUGCUACAGCCGGCUGAAGAAAGUAAUGGCAACAAGUUCAACGCAAACGCCAUUCUGUUCGCCGUAGUAGUACUAUUGUUCGUAUGUAUUGGACCACAAGCACCAGCGAGGUUACUGUACGACUAUCUAGGCCCAUAUCAUCCUACUGUGGUCAUAUAUAUGUGUAUCAGUCAGUUGGUAUGUUGUUUAGGAUAUAUGUACCAUCAUAAUGUUAUCAUUAACAGUAGCAUGUAUCCAUUGUAAUAUAUAUUACACUACCGUACCCAGUGUAAUAUAUAGUAUAAACCCUGUUGUACCUCAUCCUACACCGCUCCACCAUGCCACACCCCACCCCACAUCCUUCUUUACCAUUAUUAAUAUUAGUAUUUCAGUUGGUAUUCCUAAAUGCAUCGCUCAAUUUCUGCAUUUACUGCCUGGUUUCACGAAGAUACCGUAGUUUACUGACCGAGUCGAUAAAACGACUACUACAUCAUGAUGCAGAAUGGUGCAGUUUAACUGGUACUCAAUUGAAAACCAAAAUUUCGGUCCUAAUGGGACCAUCAGGACUACACACAGAAGAGUAUCCUAUGUUGGAAAGACGGGCGUCAUAA